GCUUCUUUAAUCGAGGUUAUGGAUGAGUGGCUUACUUUUGAUUAGCCUUCAACAAUUUACAAUUGACCAAUUUUACUGAGUUCAAAAAGCAAAGUGUAAAGCAAGAGGCCAAAAAAAAAAAGAAAUUUUUAUUGCUUUAAAAUAUGAACACGAACAAAGUGACAGAAGACGAAGUACUUUCACUUAUCAUAAGCCAACUGGUGGCAUAUGGCUAUUCUGCAGUUGCUCAAAGUGUGGCUGACGCGACAGGUGCUUCAACAGAUAUGCUACCAAGUUCAAAACUAUCAGAAAUGAUACAGUUUGCCAAAUAUAAGCACGAUGAGGACGAUUCUGAAGACGAUUAUUCAGGCAAGACGUUUGAUCAUGAUUCACCUAGACAAGAUAUGGAUAUCAGCAUGCCUUCUUCUUCUGGUUUUGAUAUUGAGUCUCUGCAAAAUGCUCAGCCUAAAACCGCACCAGAUUAUAAUCAACUUUAUUAUACGCAACAUAAAGGCCCUUGUCGUACGGCCAUAUUCAGUUCAGAUGGUCGAUUUGCAGCCACUGGCUCGCAUGAUUCCUCGCUCAAAUUAUUAGAUGUCAACAAAAUGAAGAACAGAUCUGGCGAUGCAGGCGAUAAACCAGUGAUUCGAACGCUAUACGAUCACACAGAACAAGUCAAUGAUUUGAGUUUUCAUCCUAAUGGCUUAGUACUUGCGAGUUGUUCAAACGACCAAAGCAUAAAGUUGUUUGAUCUAUCAAAAUCAGGCGUCAAGAGAGCCUUUCGAUAUUUACAGGAUGCUCAACCUGUCAAUUCAAUCUGUUUCCAUCCUUCAGGCGAUUUCUUGUUGGCUGGUACAAAAGAUGCAGCUGUUCGUAUUUAUGAUGUAAAGACACUUCAAUGCUAUACAAAUUCCAGUAGUGCUGAUGUUCACCGAGGAUCUGUUUCGCAAAUUCGAUAUUCCAACACGGGCAAGAUCUUCGCAACUUCUUCGUUUGAUGGCACAGUGCGUAUUUGGGACAGUACUUCUUCUCAGUGCAUUCGAACAUUAGAGGGUGCUCAUGGUGGAACUGCUGUCUCCAGUGUGAGAUUCACAGCGAAUGAAAAGUACCUCUUGACAGCUGGUUUAGAUUCAACCAUUCGAUUAUGGGAAGUAACAAGUGGCAAUGUGUUGAUGGAAUACAAAGGACAUGAACAGCGCACACAAAUGUUACAGCCUAGUUUUACUUAUACUGAAGGCUUUAUUGUGAUUGGAGAUGAAGCAUCAACAGAUGUUGUUGUUUAUGAUACACAGACAGGCACUUUGGCCAAGCGAGUGCCUGGUCAUAAUAAUUUAGUGCGAUGUGUAGCUGCAUCACCUGUAGAUAAUGGUAUUUUGACUUGCAGGUAAUGAUAAGGAUAAACAUGGAUGUAUAUGCUUACAUUUUAUUUACUUUAGUGAUGAUUACCGUGCUCGUUA